AUGGCGUCCGCUUUUGUUGCUUCGACCACGUGCGCCGAUGCGAGACUUUCCACAGUCGCUGGGGGGCUGACUUACCGCGAUGGGAAGCUGAGGAGUGGACCCAUCCAAGCGCACCAGCUUCGAUCCAUUCCCCUCACUAACCCCUCCUUCCAAUCUACACAGAUCCUACGCCACGUGGCCGUUUCCAGGCAGCUCUCCAAGAGGUUAGGUUUCUUUGGACCGGAUCCUGAAGUUGGGGGGGCAUUCACAUUGGGGGGAAAUCCUCACAAAUGGGUGCGCGGGGCGGCAGUUUCAGGAGAACCCACCAGCCGUCGAUCGUACGAAUCAACGGCUCUCGAUGGGGCGCGCGGCCUCGCCGCUAAGAAGCGUAACUCAAUCAAAGGCAAGGUAGGCAAAGUUGCUCUAUCUCAGAUGGAAAGGUCCGAGAUUGCUUCGAAGGUUGUUAACCAGCCGCUGGGAGCGCCGUUUCAGCCCUCUCAGGGGGCUGUUCACACCGCCGACAGAAGGAGGGAUCUCCGAGGUGUGAACGUGCCCGACUGGGCUGAUCCAGGGGAGCCCACCUCCACUCUUGGCAUCCCCUCGCGGACGACGUUCGCGUCAGCAAAGCUGCCCACGUCAGCAUGGGCGCUGGGCGAGAUGAUGACGUCAGCGGGAGCGCGCGACCUGGUGUCCACCCCGCGGGGCGCCGCGCAAGCGCUGUACGCGGCGGCUCGGACGGCGUUCUUCUUCGGACAGACGGCUCUGGUCGGUCAGGUCCUCGGGGGGGGUUUCUUGGGGCUUCCCCACGGGGAAGAUCUGCCCCCCGGGACGGCCGAUGAAGUAUAUCGAGUUGUGACGGGCGGCAUCGUGGAGUUGAUCAAGAUGGAUGGGGAAAACGUCCGACGGGGCAUCUACCGGGCACCGUACGACAUGGAUCCGAGACACCGCCAGUGGAGCCCCGCCUUUUGGAUAGACCGCCACGAGAAGCUGCUGCAAGAUCGCCGGACUUCGAGGGAUAUGCGUCGUCGAAACCGUAGGCUUUGA